AUGUCGCGCCCGCCGGGCAGUAAAUUCGCUGAUUUCUUCCCAAGCGCCCCGAGCGUCAUCGCGACAAAAUCUUCCAGAUCGGCAGACACAGACAAAUCUCGACUUCGGGCUGCCGAAGGACGCGUGGAAGAUGCGCAUGUCAAGGACAACCUUGUCCGCGUUGCACUGAACUCACCAGCAACUAGUCUACCGCACACGUCCGGGAGACAGGACAACCUGGCCAAGUUCACCAACAAUUCAUUGCUGCAGGAAGAAAGCGACCAAUUUGCAGGCGACCUUCUCAAUGGUGUCGGCUCGGCCAGCUCGUCAAGCACCGCUUCAUCGGUCUUUAGUGCUUCCCUCGCCAACGCCGCCAUGCCCGGUCCAAAUCAUCUUCAGUUCACCACUCUUACUCCCCUCACAAAUUCUGACUCGCCACCAAAUGGGAAGUUAAUGAGUCCCACCGCAGAGUCGGCUUCUCACGUGCAGAUGAACGGCAAUAAUGGUAUAUCGAAUCUCCAUCAAGGCUCGAUGACGCCCCUUCCCACGCCCCCGGCUCACCGAAGGUUCGCGCGAGACGCCAGCUCACCUGUCAAGGGGACCAAAUGCACCUACGAUCCGGAAUUGGACAAAACAAUAAAUUCCAAGGAUAAAAGGAAAAUCAAGGCGCAGUUUGAGGAUUUUGGGGUCAAGCCUGAAGACAACUUCCAGCCACCCGAUCCGCGACUAGCAGUACCCAAUUAUACAAAAGGUGUAAUAGGCAAAGGCAAGGCGAAGUUCCGACCUGCGCCCUACAAUCUGAAGUCGUGGUCCCAUGAUGUCGCGACUGCGGUUGCACCACCGCCCGCAACUACCGUUGUGGUCACUGGCUUCGACCCCAUGGCGCCUCUUUCUCAGAUCAACGCGCUGUUUUCUAGCUUUGGUGAGAUUGCGGAUUUGGACGACAAGACAGAUCCGGUCACAGGGCGAUUUCUGGGAAUAUGCACCAUUGGAUACCAGGAUUGCCCAUCCUUUCAAGGUGGGGGGCCGAUCUCCGCCGUUCUCGCCGCGAAAACAGCAUACCUUGAGGGCAAGCGCGGUCAAAGGAUAGGCCUGAAGACGGUCCAAGUGGUCAUGGAUCGAGAUGGCUCUGUUGCCGAAAAGCUGGUUGAGAAGGCGAUUGCUCUACACCGCAGGGAAAGUGGGUUCACGGGUCAAUCGCGGCCAGUACCAUCUCCAUCUCCGUCAACGCUGGUCGGGACACAAUCACCUGGAUUCGCGAAAUCUACCGGUCCGCCGCCAACAGCGCCAAAAGGUCCGUCAGGAAAGUCGUCCAUGCGGCCGCAGACCAUGUAUCAUGCUCCAUUCGUGGCGCCGAUCAAACAAGAGCGGCCUGUGAAGCCUGUAGUGGCUCCAACUGUGGCUCCUGCGGGACAAUCGGUCGUGGAAACCACUCCUAUUGCCGGCACAUUAAAAGUUCCAUAUGUCUUCAUCGCGCAUUGUUAUGUGCCUGUUAUGAGCACGACCAUACCACACUUGAAGAAGAGGAUGAGGAUGUAUGACUGGCGAGAGAUCCGUUGUGACGAAACGGGAUACUUUAUCACCUUCGAACAGUCUCGAAAUGGACAGCUGGAGGCAAGGAAAAUGUACCACGGCUGUCACAUGCAGCCCUUGUUCACUUAUGUGAUGAAUUUGGAACUCCAUCUCAAUGGAAAUCCUAAGGCGGUCGGCACAGCGGAAGCAGCGCCAACGGGGCCCGCGCCGGUUGAUUUCGUGUAUUCCAAACAGGCCUACCGGCUGAGGAAAGAGCACGACCUCGACCUGGAAGAGGAAAAGAGGCAGCGAGCCAGAGAUCUGGAUCCUUCCCGGGCCGUCGUCCAGCUCGUCAUCCAAGAACUCCGGGAUAAGCUGCUGGAAGAUGUGAAAUCCCGAAUCGCCGCGCCGGCCUUAUAUGACUUCUUAGAUCCCAACAACCAUGUGGAACGGCGGAGGAGGUUUGGGCUCGACGACCCCGAGGGAGCGCGAGGGGGUGUGCCCACGGACGAAGGCUCUCGCACGCCAGAUUCUCGUUUGGGUGUUGGGUGGCUAAAUCGACGUCCCCUCGGGAGCAAGAAUCUCAACAUCCUCUCACUACCCAAGAUCGGCAAGAGAUCUGGUAUGGACAAAGCCAUGGUCGGCUUUCGUGACGAGAGGAGAAAGGCGCCUCCUCCGCGACCUUACGUCCGACCAUUGUUCCACCAGUUGGCACAAUUCCACGAUGAUGAGGAUUCGGAUGAUGAACACGGGACUUCGAUCACCCGUGACACCGAAGACCUGGAAAGCCGCCCAGCCAGUCGGAUGAGUAUGACUUCGGUAUCUGACGAUGACGACGAACUCUUACUACGCAAGGCAACCAAACGACGGUUCCAGGCUCGAGAGGCAUCAGAGAUGGGAGAUGGCGUUGUCAAGGACGAGUUCGACACGGCCAAAACGACAGCUGAAGACCUCAUUAUUUCCAAACUUGAAAGGAAUAUCUACGAAAUGUCACCAUCCUCGCGGAAACGCAAGAGGUUGGUCAAGGAACUAGAGGCCCGGAAACGUCAAAAGGCAGAUGAUGAGCUCUUUGGUGUUGGUCGAGCCGGACUGGACCUCGAGGACUCGGAGGAGGUUAAGAUUCAAGACAGCGAAACUCCUUUGGAGGCUACGCCGGACAUCGACUCUGAUGUGCCGAAGCCGGCGGCGAAGAAAGCCAAGACGAAAAGGAAAACGAAGAAACAGAUUCUCGAAGAGCAAGAGGCAUUCAGGCAAGCGCAAGCAGAGGCCGAAGCAUCUGAAGUGGUGGAUAAUGUCCUUGAGUUUGCGGAGGAGGAAGAGGCCCUGGCUGAAGCCGCCGAAUGGCGACCGGAGGUGGAAUGGGGUGUGUCAGCAGAAGAACCUCUACCGACAGUCGAGGACGACGAGGACAUCUUACCCGACAUGCGAGGAUGGCAAGUCAGUCUGUUCGACGACGAAGACAUGCAGUUCCUGUCAACUGCCACCAAGGUCAAGAUGGCCAUGGAUAUAGGAGACUCCAUGGCCUGGGCUUGGAAGCAAGAACAAAUCCGCAACCUGAAGCCAGGGUCGCAACACGGUACAUUACGAAGCGACCCACCUAUAGAGGGGUAUUAUGUUCCGAACGCGACAGGAUCGGCUCGCACAGAGCCCAUCCGCAAGAUCUUGGAGUCGGAGAAGUCGAAGUAUCUGCCUCAUCGCAUCAAAGUGCAGAAAGCGCGGGAGAGGCGUGAAGCCGAAGCCAAGAAAGAUCCGUCGGCGGCCGCCGCUAGCAAGCAAGCGGUGGAACUUCCCAAAGCAUCGUCGCGAGGCAAGCGAGCCGAUGACAGGCGGACGGUCAAAGAUCUGGACCGACAGCGAGAGAUGCUUCGAGACAUCAACGACGACGCGGAUGUUCUGCGCUUCAACCAGCUUCAGAAGCGUAAGAAACCGGUCAAAUUCGCCCGGUCCGCCAUUCACAACUGGGGCCUAUACUCGUUGGAGAGAAUCCAGGCCAGUGAAAUGAUCAUCGAGUAUGUGGGAGAGAAGAUCCGACAGGAGAUUGCCGAUCUGCGCGAGAUCAAAUACACCGAGAGUGGCAUCGGCAGCAGUUACCUCUUCCGCAUUGACGAGGGCACUGUGGUCGAUGCCACCAAGAAGGGAGGCAUCGCCAGGUUCAUCAACCACAGCUGCUCGCCCAAUUGCACGGCCAAGAUCAUCCGAGUUGGCGGGACCAAACGAAUCGUCAUCUAUGCUUUGAGAGACAUUGAGAAAGACGAGGAGUUGACCUACGACUACAAAUUCGAGCGCGAGUUCGACAGCGACGAUCGGAUUCCUUGUCUCUGCGGCUCGGCCGUCUGCAAGGGCUUCCUCAACUAG